AUCAAUUAGUCUAAAACGACCAAGCUUAUAUUUGCUUGAUUCACUUCUAAAAGAGAUAGAAUGCCGAAAGCAAAAUUUAAACGGAAAGGGGUUCCGGAACUUUCAGUUCAGAGUAAAAAAUCCAAAUAUUCGGAAAUCACAAACCUUGAUUCCUCCCUCACAGAAAAAACUUUAGAAAUUCCUGAGGAUGUUGCGGGGUUUCCAGUUUCUCUAGGUAUUCCUUGCAGCACACCAGUCUCCGAAGUACCAGGAGCAACAUCCUACCGAACCCUUUUGGAUCUCCCUGAGGAAUUGAUCUGCCUAAUCCUGGUUAGAUUACCUGUAUCAUCUAUAUCUAACCUGGAGAUAACCUGCAAACAUCUACAGCGAGUUCUAGUCAAUGCCAGGAUCUGGAGAAAGAUACUUUUACACAAACUUGAGUUUGAACCCGGACUCCGUAAACUCCUUCCUCCCAGCUAUUCAACUAAAAUGGAGAAUAGACUAGACUUAGAUCAUAAAAGUUGCAAGAAACUGUUGGAAAACCUGAAACUGAGGGUGGACUAUGCCUGGCUGAACACUAACGCCCCAACAGUUAUCAGGUCUGACAAGGUAUUCGGGCAAACCUUGGAGAACCACGUUCUUUGCCAGAUCAUGACCUCGGGCAGAUAUUUCGCCGCCUUCUACGGAACCAUCUGCAAGAGCAAGGAGAAUUAUGAGAUUGAUAUUAUUGAUAUAUUUGACCGGAGCAGCAGGAGGCGGGUGCGCCGGUUAGACAGUAUGCCGGCUAAACCUGAUAUAUUGAGGAUAGUUGAGGAGCUGGGUGUAUUCCUUCUCUCUUACCCAGGACUACUCAGUCUAGAGAUUAAUCGGUUAGGUCAGGAAGAAUCCAAGUUUCUAGUUCUGUGUAAACCCGGAGAAACUGAAUCUGGGAGUGUUUGUGAUAUUGUAGUUCGAGAUUAUAUAACUAUCCGGGGUGUUUUACACAGACGAGCAAUAAUGGUUGCCAUGAACACCGAACCCUUGGGAAACCCUCAUUAUCAUAUCGGAGAACUACAGUUCUACUCUCUGUCGGAGCAGGGAGAGGUUGGGUCUACUCCGCUCUGCAGUCUCCGGUUCAAUCCGGUUCCAAUCAAGGAGGGAAGGUUCUUCAAUCAGUGCAUUCAAAAGAAAGGCCUGUCUGACUUUAACGACGACCAUGCUGUAGUGGUUGUAGGAGGCUGUGAGGGGAGUGCUGUUCUAGGUGUAGUAAAUCUUCAGGAGGAAAGGUUGGUUCAUAAGCUCCAACUGAAGAGCCCAGGUAGAGUAGGAGGUGGAGCUGGUGGUUGUGAAGGUGGACUCUGUCAGUACAGUGUUGUCAGUUUAAUGAUAGAUCGGAUACACACGGAUACAUGCUCUAUACUACUCUCUACAGGACAGCUUAUAGUUAUCCAUCUAGUCAGUGGAACUACAAUCUUUCACAGACAUCUUCAGUUUGACGGUCAGCUUAAACUAGCCUUGCAUCAGCCUGGCCUCCUUGGUAAACAGAGAAUAGGAAUCAAAUUCAGAAAUUAUGUUACUUUCUACGAUCUCAUUCUUUCAGCAAGGAGUAGUGAAAUAGAUCUGAAACAUAUUCGAACACUGAGGAUCACGAGUAUAGACGCGGACGGACGAGAGACAAGGUUGGAUGAUAAUCCAUCCCAGGAGCUGAGAAGACAGUUUGGAGAACUACAGAAGAGAGUUAGAGCUCUAAACCAGUACACCAGCGGAAUUCAGAAGAAGCUGGAUAAAGGUCUGCGUCCUGGUACAGUGACGCAGGGCGUACACUCUAUGACGCAAAAGGUUCAUCUCGUAACCAGUAAGCUAGACCAGGCCCACGGGAAAGCCAGGGAGAUUGAGGCGGUUGUAAUCGCAAGCAUAGCUUUCGAUAACCGGUUUUGCCACGCUCUAACUCUUAACAGGGAUCUUGUAUCUUUCGAUUUGGAAGGCACCAUGAACGUAUCAGAAAAUGGUAGUAAACUUAAGGAUUUGAAAGGAAAACAUAAUAAAAGUUUGGACGACGAUGCACCAAGCCGGAGUACACGGAAAACGCGAGAAAAAGACGAAGAACCGGUUCCUGGAUCCUCCAGGCAGAACCGUAGGAGAUAAUCUUCACUCUCUGAAUCCCUGGAUCCGUAGCACAAUUCAACAUAAAAUAAAAUUUUUAAAUCAGAAAUUAAAUUGAGUGUAUUGACUCAUGAUCAAAUGAUGUGCCGUGGCCUAAUGGCGGUUUUGGGCUACUUUCAGAUAAAAACUUUUUAACAAAUUUAUUUUAUAAAAUCUGAUAAUUUUUCCAAGUUUUACAUCAGAUGAGUUUAUUUUUUAUUUUUCAGUUGCUCAUGCUCAGACAAACCAAACCAGCGAAUUUUGACAAAUAAUUCAUAUUUAUAAAAACUAUUGUUUUUGAUAAUUUUAAUUUACUCGUCCCCGGUUACGUUUUCAAUAUUUCCCUUGACGUUUUUUUUAAAAAUAAGAACCGACUCUGAAAACAUUUUUUAUGUUGCAUAACAGUUUUUCAAAGCAAGGACUGUAAACUUUAAUUCUUCCCACUCUUGAAUUGUAACAGAGUACCAUCAAUGAACCGUGGCAGCAAUCUUUAAACCAUUAAUUAUCAAAGUAACUUCGAUGGAAAUAUUUUCGUUGUUUUAUGAAUAACCUUGCUUAGCAGCUAAUGAAUAAAGUAAAAAUAGAAAUGCAUAAAAUGGUUAGAUACUUUUGUUCUAAUUCUCCGCCAUUGUUACUAAAAUUGUUGGUUUAAAGUUGUGGUAUCUCUGUGUUGCAGACUGCAGAGUCAUUUUUAAAGCGAAGGAUUAUUAAAUUUAAAGCGUAUUUAUUAAAGCACUUGAAGCUUGGAAAUUGUUGCUGUUUUAAAAGAUCUCGCCUUGACAUCUUACAGCUGACGCCCGAUGUACAGUACAGUGUACAGUGUACGUACUGCAUAGUGAACAGUGUACAAAAAUGACUCCCUGUUUCUGUACAGUAUACAUCACACCUGGUAUUUACAAUCGUGUACUCAUACUCGUACUCUGAACACUGUACAGUUUACAAUAUUUGUUGCCCUAAAACGCAUGUGGGAGUUUGAGCCUGGAAUCUAUUUGUUGAAUUAUGAUAACAUUUUGAUUGUUAAUAUUUAUUAAAUAAGGCAUUUAUCAAU